AUGGCUCAUAACGCACAGUCCCUGAGAUGGGACAAACUACCUGCUUCAAGCAAAUCCGAAUUUGAGGGACAGGAGCUUUCAGAAUUCUUUGUUCCCGCCAAUGACGAUGACGCUGAGGCUGCAAGGCCUAACACAAGUGCCACCAACCACACACGGGUGCCUUCUGGCGAUGUAACUCGCGUCAACACGCCAACACAUGACAAGCAUCGCACAAUCGUCGAGGAAACCACCGAGAAACCAGCCGUUGAUAUCUACGAUCCGAAUAGACCAAGGCUUUCAAUACGAGAGAGACUACAACACUUUACAUGGGCUUGGUAUACUCUGCCGAUGAGCGCAGGAGGGCUAUCCUUGCUCAUAUUUGCACAGCCGAAUCAAUUCAACGGGUUGAAAACUAUUGGCUUGGUAGUCUAUAUCGUGAACAUCAUCAUAUUUUCGCUCGUUACAAUGACCAUGGCAGCUCGGUUUAUGUUCCACACUGGCGAAAUGGUCCGUUCUCUCACUCACCCACGAGAAGGCUUCUUUUUCCCGACAUUCUUUCUCUCUAUCGCCACCAUUAUCACAAGUACCCAACGAUAUGCCAUACCGGACAACCAUGUUGGGCUGAAGUGGGCUAUACAAGCAGCUUUUUGGAUAUAUGUCGCCUUAACGGCCGUACUUGCUAUUGGCCAAUACAGCUAUGUCUUUGCGGUUCAUAGUCUUAACCUGCAGAGCUUCAUGCCAACUUUAAUUCUGCCAAUCUUCCCCAUCAUGCUCUCCGGGACAAUUGCGUCCGUCAUAGCAUCAACACAGCCUGAAAUCGCCGCUAUGCCAAUUCUCAUCGCCGGGCUAACAUGCCAAGGUCUUGGGAUGUCGGUUGCCAUACUCAUGUAUGCCCACAUGAUUGGACGCUUGAUUCAAUCCGGCCUACCGAAUCGAGAACAUCGCCCUGGUCUGUUCAUGUGCGUUGGUCCCCCAGCGUUCACAGCCUUGGCUUUAAUUGGCAUGGCAAACGGAGUACCAGGCAGCAUCAAGGAGCUAGCUAUCGAGAAAAGCGUCAUCAGAGUCAUCGCGGUCCUAGUGGCCAUUUCUCUCUGGGCCCUCAGCUUUUGGUGGUUCGGCAUCGCUGUCGUUGCUGUUGUUUCAUCGCCACCGAAAUAUUUCCAUCUGGGCUGGUGGUCUAUGGUGUUUCCCAACACAGGCUUCACAUUGGCAACAAUCUCGAUAGGGAAAGAAUUGGCGAGUGGUAGUUUGCAGUGGGUGACUACGGGAAUGAGCAUCUGUAUGGUCCUUAUUUUUGUCUUUGUUUUUGUCAACCUUGUCCGGGCCGUAUGGGUUCAAGACAUUAUGUAUCCAGGAAGAGACGAGAACGUGGAGGACCAUUAG